GAAGCAGAAAAUGAAAUGAAUCUUGCUAUUUUUAAUAGGUUAAGAAAACACAUUUUCCAACACCACUUUGAGCAAGUCAAAACUGCCCAAACUGCUAUUAAUGAAGCAGUAGGCAAAAUGAGAGAAGAGUUGCAACAACAGCUAGAAGAUAUAAAAAGCAUCUUCAAAAACGACUACGCUGUGUUGGUAACAGCCCAAAACAUUAUCGAUAGAAAUCUUGCAGAGCUAGUUACCUUUAUUAAUGAAUUAACCACACGAACUGCAUUAGCAGUCGAAGGACCCAAG